CUCCUACCCUGACGAGCUCGGGCCCAAGCACUGGAGCGACCAACGCUACGAAAACCUCAUGCGGCUCAAGCAGGAGGCUCUGACCUUCGCCCGGGAGCAGCGGGCUGAUUACAUCCUGUUUGUGGACACGGACAGCAUCCUGACCAACAACCAGACCCUCAAGUUCCUCAUGGCACAGAACAAGUCGGUGGUCGCCCCCAUGCUGGACUCCCAGACCUACUACUCCAACUUCUGGUGCGGGAUAACACCCCAGGGCUACUACCGCCGCACAGCCGACUACUUCCCCACGAAGAACCGGCAGCGCGUAGGCUGCUUCGCUGUCCCCAUGGUUUAUGCCACGUUCCUGAUUGACCUGCGAAAGGAGGAAACGUCCCAGCUGGCCUUCUACCCUCCCCACCCCAACUACACGUGGUCCUUUGAUGAUAUCAUCGUCUUCGCCUACUCGUGCCAGGCUGCUGGCGUGGAGGCCCACGUGUGCAACCAGCAGCGCUUCGGCUACAUCAACGUCCCCGUGAAGGCCCACCAGACCCUGGAGGACGAGCGCGUCAACUUUGUGCAUCUCACGCUGGAAGCCAUGGUGGACGGCCCCCCGAUGCAGCGCUCCAGCCACAUUUCCCUCCCACCCAAGCCGCUCACCAAGAUGGGCUUCGACGAGAUUUUCCUCAUCAACCUGGUGCGGAGGCCGGACCGGCGCCAGCGGAUGCUGGCCUCCCUGCGGGGGCUGGAGAUCGCCCCCCGGGGGGGGGGCGCCGUGGGCGGCCGCGCUCUGCGUUGGGGUUUGCUCUCCUGGGCGUGCUCUGCCUUCCGCAGUGAGGACUACAAGCGGCACUUUGCCCCGCGGGACCUGCUGGUGUAUUCGGCUCACCCCCUCCUGGUGUAUCCCACCCACUACGCCGGGGACACCAACUGGCUGAGCGACACGGAGACUUCCACCAUCUGGGACGACGACUCCAAGAAAACUGGCUGGAAUGGCUCGCAGAAGACCCUGAAGGACCCGCGGGGCGGCGUGGGCCACUCGCUCCGCUCAGCCGCCCGUGAGCAGGUGGAAGAGCUCAAGCUGCAGAACGAAGAGCUCCAGGCCAAAAUCACAUUGUUGAAUGAGCAACUGAAAAAGGAAGAGGAGAAGCACGAGGCCAUAGUGAAGAGCCUGGAGCAGAAGGCAAUGGUGGACAAGGAGAGCCUGAUGAAGGAGAUGGAGCAGCGAGUGGAAGCUUUGGCAACUGAGACGCACAGGAGGAUGUCUGAGACCACCCAACAGGUCAUCCAGGAGAACGUGGCCCUCAGGGCGCAGCUGGGCAGGUUGCACAGCUACAACAGGGACCUCCUGAAGGAUAACGAACAGCUCCAGGCCACCACACGCGACUUGAAGAUCCAAGUGGAUCUCCUGGAGGACAGGGAGAAGGAGAUGGCCAAGCGCUUGGUCUGCAACCGCAAGAUGAUCUCGACGCUCACCACGUUAUGCGAGAUGCUGCAGGGACUGGGGGACGAGAUGGAGUGGAAGAAGGUGCAGAGCCAGCUGGAGCAGCUGAAGGAAGCGGCCGCGCUGCUGCGCUGCGAGGAGGAGGACUCACGAGCAACAGUGAGGAAGAUGCCACCUGAACAGCAGCACCAGCCCAGGACGAGCAGGGAGAGUAUCCUGAGCAAGGGGAGGAUCAGCAGCAGGGACCUCAGGGAGAGGCCAUUAGAGAAGACGGGGAAAUCCCACUGGGCCAAGCUGCGGAGCAGGCUGCUGACGCAGGAGCUGUCAGAGUCCCCAGCUGCAGGGUUGCUGCUGGCUUCGAAGAAGAGCAAGACCCAGGAACUAGGUGCACCCAAAACGAGCUCCAGCCAGCUGCAUUCAGUCUUGUCCUCAAGAGCCUUCCCUGAGCUUUCUAACAAGGUGCCCGUCAAGAUGCAGCUACUUGUGUCCCACCUCCGGCCUACGCUGGGUGGUUCUGGACGUUUCUACAGGCUGCCCCUUCUGGAACCGCCUGUGCCCCUGCUGCAGCCUGGCGCCCAUGAUGAGACUGCUAGUCCGUGA